ACAAGGUAAUUAUCUCACCUGCGCUGAGUGCAAAGUAACGCAACCUCUCGCUGCUCCACCAUCAGCAUGAACUGCGAUGAGCUUCAAGAAAAAACCAAGCCAUCGUGCUAUCUCAUCAAACGGCCCAAAGCUCUACAGUGGUUCUACAAUGGCCGGCUCUACAAGGCGAGCGAGGGGGAGCGACAAGCGAGUCGGUUCGAGCUCUUCCUUGACUUGCUCUAUGUCGCCAUGGUAGCCAACUUUGCCGAUUCACUCAGCGAACAUCCAGAUGGCCAGCAUCUCGUCAAGUAUCUGCUCAUCUUUGCGCCUGCGUGGUAUAUUUGGUCAGAUCUAAGGGAGAUCGGUAACGCGUUUUAUGUUGACGAUCUGAUACAACGUUUGGUUAUCUUGUGGGUCAUGGCACUUCUAGUGCUCUAUGCUAACAACGCCAACGCGGUGGAUGAGGAUAUCUGGGCUAUGCGAACGACAGCUGGCGCAUACAUGGUGGCGAGGUUUACCACCCUAAGUGUCUUCCUGGUCGCGUCGUUUGCAAGCUACCAGCACCGCGCUCAGGCGCGCAUCAUGGCCGGGACCAUGUUCGUCGGCCUCUUCCUCGUCAUCCCCCUCUUCUUCGAGCGCGUCAGCAUCCGGGCCAAGAUCGCCAUCGUCGUCGUCCUCAUCUUCUACCAAGAGACCACCUGGGCCCUCACGCUGAGCCCGUGGAUCAAGCGGAAGCUGAAGCUCACGUACAGCACGGCCGUCGACAUCGCCCACGAGGUCGACCGCCUGGCCGCCUUCUUCAUCAUCAUCCUCGGCGAGUUCGUCUACAGCAUCAUCGUCGGCGACCCUGCCGGCAUCGGCCUGACCUCGGGCUACGUGAAGGCUGUCUGCACGCUCGUCAUCGCCUUCGUCCUUAACUGGAUCUACGCGAGCGGCGACGGGAGCGCGCAGGCCACGCACCCGAUCCGGCGGUCUGCCUGGACUGCCUUUGGUUACUUCACGCUACACCUGCCGCUCUCGGCGUCGUUCCUCAUCGGCGGCCACAUGUGUGCCGUGAGUACGCGGGCACGGGAGCUCGAGGAGGGCCAGCGGCAGCUUCUCGGCGGCGGGCUCGGCGUUGGGUUAUUCUGUCUGUGGGUUUACGGCAUGCUGUAUCGCGUCGGGCGAGACGAGGACCUGAUCUUAUCCAAGAUGCCGAGGAUCGGAAUGCGGUUCAUUAUCGCCAUGAUCCUCAUUGCCCUGCCCGAGACGCACGACCAUCUCAGCGCUGAGAAUUUCAUGAUCGUCGUCAUGGCCCUCUUUGCGUUCCUCUUGAUAUGGGAGACGAUCGGGGGUCUGUUGAAGGGCUCGGGGAUUUUCGAGCCCUGGGACGACAGAAAUCCUCCGCCUGAAGAAAGCAUCGAGGGCUCGAACCACUGAGUCAACUUGUAUUUAAGACGGUAUUACGGGACGAAACCCAAGUGACAUACCCCUCUACCCUCACCAGCUCUUUGCUCACCCCCUGUCCUUGGCCUAAGUCUCGCGAGGGUCCCUCGGUGCGGUCCGUGUUCUUCAGAGUGGAUGAGGGAUGGUUAUCAUUCCCGGGUAUCAACACUGUAGCCGUGCUGGUCUCGUCACCGGCAACAAAGACUAAGGCGGGUGCUUUCCAAUGGUCUACUUGCGGCAGGCUGUCAGCUUCUGGGACAAUGUGCGAGAUGCUCUCCAGCCCUAGGACGGAGUCGGUGAGGGUUAACUUCAUUGCCUGGAGCGGGCAGAUGGUAGGCA